CCGUUUGUCAUUGCUAUUUCCUCGCGAAAUGACAACAAAAACGUUCAUGGAACACGUAAAUUAAUAAUUUUAAUCAAAUAUAGGUUUUUAAAUAAGAAUAAAUCAGUAAUAAAUAAUGCUUAAUAUACAAAGUUACGGAAGCAGUUCAGAAGAUGAGAAUGACCAGGAAGUUGUUAGAGAAAAUAGUAAUGAAAGUUUGUUGACUCACUUGAAGCCUGUUGAUCCUAAAUUGUCUGUAGCCAAAACAAUGCAAAUUUGUGCUGCUCCUGUAGUAAUGCCCACGAAUAAUGAUGAUACCAGAGUGCUCAUACCAGCAAAUCAAGAGUUGAUGCAUAAUCCCAAAUAUGAAGAGCUCUUUGCACCAACAUUUGGACCAGAAAAUCCUUUUCAAACCCAACAAAUGAAAGCAAACAGAAAUAUUCUCUCUGGAUAUGUAGAGAAGGCUCACAUAAGUGAUUUCCAGUUUGAAAACCAGAGACGGACAUUUACUAGUUAUGGAUAUGCAAUUGAUCCGUCGACAGAUGGGGAUGCAGGAAAAACCGAUGCUGUUGUUCAUUCUGCUAUGGUGGCACCCCCUCCAGAAACAGAAGGCAAAUCAGUGUUUGAAUCAACAAAAAAGAGACCACUUGAUAAAAAGAAAAGGAAUAAAAAUGAUAAUCCCGAAGAUAUCAAUGGGUUCUUGGGGCCUUGGGGAGGUUUUGAAGGAGAGAGAAGAGUUAUGAAACCAGAAGGUGAUGAAGCCAAAGAGUUGGAAGAAAUUUUGGCCAAAAGACAAAAAAGAGGCAAAGUGGAUGAUGACAAACCUCUGGAAGAGAAAUCUAUUAUGCACAUCGAUAAGGCGACCGAUUACCAGGGCCGCUCGUGGAUAGAAGCGCCGCGAAGCGAAACGCAGCUUCGAAGCGACACGCCACCUGACAAAUGCUUUUUACCGAAGGCACACAUCCACACGUGGCGAGGCCAUACGAAAGGCGUGGCUGCCGUUCGCUGGUUCCCGGCCACGGCUCAUCUUAUGUUGUCCGCAGGAAUGGACUGUCGGGUUAAGAUCUGGGAGGUUUACGGCAGCCGUCGUUGCGUGCGGACAUACUUCGGGCACCGGCAGGCGGUCAGAGACGUCAACUUCAAUAACCAAGGGGCACACUUUCUAUCCGCUGCUUACGACCGCUACAUAAAGCUGUGGGACACUGAGACCGGGGCCUGCGUGUCCCGGUUUACGUCCCGUAAAGUGCCGUACUGCGUUAAAUUCAAUCCUGAUCCGGACAAGCAGCAUCUGUUCGUCGCCGGCACCUCCGACAAGAAGAUCAUAUGCUGGGAUACGAGAAGCGGUGAAAUAGUACAAGAAUACGACAGACAUUUAGGCGCAGUCAACAGCAUCACAUUCGUGGAUGAGAACAGAAGAUUCGUCACCACUUCAGACGACAAGAGUCUGCGGGUUUGGGAGUGGGACAUCCCCGUCGACAUGAAGUACAUUGCCGAUCCUUCGAUGCAUUCGUUACCCGCCGUGACCGCGUCGCCCAACGGCAAGUGGCUCGCGUGCCAGUCCAUGGACAACAAGGUCAUCGUGUUCAGUGCAUUAAACCGAUUCAAGAUGAACCGGAAGAAGACCUUCACUGGCCAUAUGGUGGCUGGAUACGCUUGUUCCGUGGACUUCUCGCCGGAUAUGAGUUACUUGGUAUCGGGUGACGCCGACGGGAAAUGCUACAUUUGGGACUGGAAAACGACGAAACUUUACAAGAAGUGGAAAGCGCACGACGGAGUAUGCAUCUCUGCCCUGUGGCACCCCCACGAGCCCAGCCGCCUGCUCACCGCGGGCUGGGACGGGGUCAUCAAAUACUGGGACUAAAUAAAACAAUAGCUCCGUUUACACGAUUUUAAUUUCCCCUACCAUGAUCCUCGAACCAUAAAUAAAUUAUAUAAUAGUAUAACGCAAAUAAACUAUACAAAUAUUUUAUUAAUUAUAACAAUUUUUUUUAUAUGAUUUUUUCAUGCUUUGCAUUCUAAACUCAUAGUUAAUGUCAUGGCCUUCUCAGGUCAGGGUUAUGUUUCGUGCUAAUUAGGCGACUUGCAUCGGAUAUUUGUAUGGUUCCUCGUACGCGAUGUCAACCUUGUACUCCAUGCUGCACUCUCUGCAAGUGCCGUUCACCAUGAACUCAUCGAAGGUUAUGUUGUUUUCGUGGAAUGCUUCUAUGAGGGCAGUGAUGAGGCUGUCUAUCAUCUCGGGCGUGUGGUAGGGGCCGGGCGCGAACCGCAGCCGCUCCUCGCCGCGCGCCACCGUGGGGUAGUUGAUGGCCUGCACGUAAUGCCCUCUCUUCAUGAGCGACUCGGCGACCAGCGCCACUUUAUCCGCUCCCUUUAUAGGUACAGGUACGAUGUGACUCACUGACGGCAUCUGCGGUAGGCCCGCUAUGAGCAGCGACAGUUUCAAGUAUCUCACGAUACCUUGAUGUUUCGCCCUCAGACUCCUCCCUUCUUCGCUGCCUAGGAGUCUAAUGGCGGCUAGGGAUCCUGCCAGCACAGGAGGUGGUAGGGCUGUUGUAAAAAUGAAACCGGGUGCUAGCGAUCUUAUAGUGUCCACCAGAAGAGAGGAACCUGCAAUGUAACCACCUACAUUACCAUAGGCUUUUCCCAGUGUCCCCGAUACUAUAUCUAUAAGAUGUUGCACCCCUCUAUCUUCACCGAUACCUGCUCCGUGCUUCCCGUACAGUCCCACAGCGUGAACUUCGUCCACAAAUGUUAAAGCACCAUACUCAUGCGCUAUGUUGCACAUUUCUUCUAAAGGACAUAUAGCUCCACUCAUAGAGUGAACUGUCUCAAAAACUACUAGCUUCGGUACACCUUUAGGAGAUUCAGAUAAUAGCUGUCUAAGGUGGUGGGGGUCAUUGUGUCUGAAUAUAUGUUUAGGAGCUCUGCUGUUACGUAUACCCUGAAUCAUCGAAGCAUGGUUCCCAGCAUCCGAGUACACAAUACACCCUGGUAGAAUUUUCGCCAAUGUAGACAGGGUCGCAUCAUUAGCCACAAAACAUGAACUGAAUAUGAGUGCUGCAGGUUUUUUAUGUAGCUGUGCUAUUUCGGCUUCAAGUUUCUCAGUCAUUUGGGAGUUCCCAGCGAUGUUGCGUGUGCCACCAGCACCUGUUCCAUAGGAUUUAAUAGCAUUAAUGGCAGCAUCUUGGACGACGGGGUGGCGGGACGCGCCCAGGUAGUCGUUGGCGCACCACACGGUGACGCGGCGGUUCUCUGCGCCCUCCAGCGCCUGAGGAUACACACCGUCGGCGGCCAGCCGAGACACUUUCCUGAAUACACGAUAGGAAUAAUCCUUCUUUUUAGCACUGAUCUGAUCGUUGAAAAACUUCUCAUACUUGUACGGCAGCAUGUUCUCCACUAUGUCCUCGGACAUCUCCUUGGGAGCGUCCGCGAUGAUGGCGUUUUCCUUGAUGAAGGGGCAUUUCGUCUCAUCGUUACCGAGCGAGCGAAAGCUGCGAGAUAUGACGGGGCAGUAGUUCGCGUACUGUUUCAUAAGAGCGCCUCCGUAAUUUCUUACGAAGGCUUGGUUAAGAGAUCCCAUGAAUGGACAAGGCAUUUUAUGUAAUUCUUGAUAACACUUCUUCACAACACGAGAUAAUAAAUGCGGGAUACGGAGCGCGUACGAAAAAUAAACGUUGGCUCGCACUGAAGCCGAACGUCGGUCAGACUUAUCUUCAACUGGUGGCUACGGCUGGGGUCCCUUUCAUUUAUAAAGUUUGUGUCGUCAUAUCGAUUACGUUUGAUAAACUUCACACUAGAAUUUGUACAUACGAUUUCUCAAUGACAUUUUG